AUGAAGACCACCUUCUUUACACUCCUCUUGGUCUCGUUGCCUCUCCUCUCCACUGCAUCCUUCGAACCCUCUGUGCGCGGUCACCAGCGUCACCAUCGCCGCACUAGGAACCUCCAUGUCGACCCCUCUGGCGACUCGCGUGGCCUCUUUGCCGAUCGACUCCCUCUCCAACCUCGCUCGGAAUCUGGUGCCGCCAUCGCCAAAUCCUACACCAAAGUCGCCGACCAAGUGUUUGACUACGUCAUCGCUGGAGGUGGAACUGCUGGUCUCGCCCUCGCCGGUCGCCUAUCAGAAGACCCAGAUGUGACUGUCGCCGUAAUCGAGGCGGGUCACUCUGGAUAUGCUGACGACGAGGCGUUGCUCGUGCCCUCGAACGCCUACUUUAAGUCUUCUGUCGGCUCGGAUUUCGACUGGCAGUACACCACGGCACUUCAGUCCAAGCUGCAAGAUGCUUCGGGCAACCCACGCACCGCCAGCUGGCCUCGCGGUAAAGUUCUCGGUGGUUCGUCGGCUAUCAACGGCAUGUACUAUGUUGCUGCCAGUAAGCGCGAACACCAAGUCUGGGGUCGUCUUUCGGGCGACCAGGCCACCUGGGGCUGGCACAACCUACGACAAGCCAUGAAGAAAUCCACCAACUUUUCGCCCAACACCAUCCAGCAACUCGACGCGAGCAUCCAAAACCAAACCAAAUUCGUCGGCGACAACGGCCCGGUCUCGCUCACUUACCCUGGUGUCAGCUACCAGCCUGUUGCUGACUGGGUGCCCACCCUUGCUGCUAUCGGACUCUCGCACGCCGAGAGCCCGUACGACGGCGAGAACCAAGGCGCCUUCAUCGCUACUUCGACUAUCAACGCUAAGACGUGGGAUCGCUCCUUUUCGCGUAACGCCUAUGUCGACCCCAUUGCCAACAAGCGUAAGAACCUCGUCGUGCUGCCAAACCAGACCGUGACACGAAUCAUCUGGGACCACGAGGCCGAUGAGGACGGUAACCGACGUGCUCUGGGUGUCGAAUUUGCCGCCAACAGCACCGCUCCUCGUGUCCACGUCACUGCUCGUCGCGAAGUGAUCCUCAGCGCUGGCGCCAUCGGUUCGCCUCAGAUCCUUCAGCUCUCCGGAUUCGGAUGCAAGGAUCUCCUCGCCAAAAACAAUGUCACCCUUGUCAAGGAGCUGCCCGGAGUGGGUCAGAACCUGCAGGACCAUCUUUCCACCAGCGUCGCAUACACUCCGGCCCAAGGCCUCGUCAUGCCCGCAGCGAGCAGCAACACCAAGCAGGCUUCGUUCGUUGAUUCCUCUGUAGCGUACGUCACCUUGGAAAAGAUGUACGGCACCAACGAAACAGCAAACUUCCUUAAGCGCGCGAAGAAGUUUUCGGCAGACUACAUCAAGUCGGCCACCAACGUCCCUGAGGCAGUGCGACGAGGAUGGGCGAAACAGUACAAAUUUUUGCUCGAGGAUCUGCUUGUCCCCAAGAGCGAGCACGGCUUCACCGGAACGGCUAAGGGCGCGGUGGAGAUGCUGCUGGGCAUCAGCAACGGUGCCUCUAUCCAGGUCGAGACCGCGCUGCAAGCGCCCUUCUCGCGUGGCUGGGUCGAGAUCGCCUCGUCCGACCCCUUCGACAAACCCAUCAUCAACCCGAACUACCUCCAGCACCAGACCGACGUCGAGCUCAUGCGCAGCGGUAUCCAGCUCGCGCGCAAGAUCGGCUCCACCGCCCCCCUCUCCUCUGUUGUCUCGACAGAGUCCACCCCGGGCAGCGCAGUGACGACCGACGAAGCGAUCGACAAGUUUGUCGCAAGCACGGCGGGCACAGAGUACCACCCCAGCUCGACAUGCAGCAUGUUGGACGAAGACGAUGGCGGCGUCGUGGACAGCGAGCUGCGUGUCUACGGCACGACCAAUGUGCGCGUGGUGGAUGCGAGUGUUAUCCCGAUCUCGCUGUCGAGCCACUUGAUGUCCGCGACAUACGCGGUGGCCGAGAUUGCAGCGGACUUGAUCAAGUCGUGUCCCUUCGACGUGGUGGACGAAUGCGACUGCGAGGGUGAUGAUGAAGAGGUGGACGAGGAAGACUGCGACGAUGAGGAGCAGUGA